UUCUGUUUGGAGUGGCACAUUAUCAUUUCCUCUCAGCGCUUCCCACUCUCUCUGUCUCUCCAUCUCUCCAUCAUUCCAUCUCUCCCCUCCUCCCUCUCAUCUCUCCAUCCCUCCAUCUCUCUGUGUUUGGAUCUCACAGUAAUAACCUGUUGCAUUCAGGGGCAGACUGACACAUAGGCAGACCUCUAUAGCAUACAGACACACACACACAUCUACACGACUGACAGACUGGCUUUUUCAACACACACACAUCCACACAGCUACGGAGAGACACAGAUGAUUUAGUCUGUGGUUUAGUACUCAAUGUUAGUACAGAGUGAGCUGGUUUUGAGGUUGUGUGACUGGUUGACUGGCUGAGAUGGGACGAUGUAGUGUCUAGUGUCUACCAUUCUACAGGGACAGACGGAGGACCAACAGAAAGGUCGUGUCCUGGCUGACCUUCACACUGUGUGUGUGUAGAUGACGGGGCAGGUGCUGGGUGAGGGUACUGAGCUGGCGUCUCAGAGGCUGUCAGUGAAGACAUGGCUGGACGAGGAAUGUGAGAGAGCAGACAGCAACCUGAGUCAUCUGAGUCGAGGCCAGUCUAUGUGCGAUGACACGUCUUCAGAACUACAACGGAUGGCUGUCAUUGACCGGAGAGGACUCACCUCCCAGAACUCCUUCAGGGGGAGAGGAGCCAUGUCCAGGCUGGUCAGCAUGGUGGUGACUUUGAGAGAGUGGGCUCAUAAGAGUUUGGUUGAGGAGCAGGAGAGACCUGAUUCGUUCCUGGAGAGGUUCCGAGGCCCUGAGCUGCAGGCUCCGCCCAGCAGGAUCAGCCAAUCACGACCUGACGCUGAGCCCAUGGACCGCAAUGACCACAUACACACUAAGAGUCCAGGUAUGUUGAUAGUAUCUCCAGCUGAUGAUAUGUAUUACCACUGGCUCCUCAUCAUCUCCACCGCUGUGCUCUACAACUGGUGUCUCCUGGUGGCCAGGGCGUGUUUUGAUGAGCUUCAGACCAGUGGUGCCAUCGUGUGGCUGGUGUUGGACUAUCUGUGUGACGGUCUCUACAUCCUGGACACGGCCGUCAGGCUACGCACAGGAUUCCUGGAGCAGGGUCUGUUGGUGAAGGACCUGUCCAAGCUGAGAGACAGUUAUCUGAAGACGGUUCAGUUUAAACUAGACCUGCUGUCUAUCCUGCCUACUGACCUGUUCUACCUGUCUCUGGGAAUACACACUCCCCUUCUCCGCUUCAACAGACUGCUGCGGUUCAACCGCAUGUUUGAGUUCUUCGACCGUACAGAGACUAGGACCAGCUACCCCAACGCCUUCCGCAUCACUAACCUGGUCCUUUACAUACUGGUGAUCAUCCACUGGAACGCCUGCAUAUACUACUCCUUCUCCAAGGCCCUGGGGCUGGGGUCUGAUUCCUGGGUGUACCCCAACCAGACCACUCUGUCCCGGGGUUACAUCUACUGCCUCUACUGGUCCACCCUCACCCUCACCACCAUAGGAGAGACACCACCACCCGUACGAGAUGAGGAGUUCCUCUUCGUGGUCUUUGACUUCCUGGUGGGAGUGUUGAUCUUCGCCAGCAUCGUGGGGAACGUAGGAGCCAUGAUCUCCAACAUGAACGCUACGCGGGCAGAGUUCCAGAGCCGCAUCGACCAGGUCAAACACUACAUGCAGUUCAGACACGUCAGCCGCGACCUGGAGCACCGUGUCAUUCGCUGGUUCGACUACCUCUGGACCAAUCAGAAGGCGGUAGACGAACAGGAAGUGCUGAAGAGCCUGCCCAAUAAGCUGAGGGCUGAGAUCGCUAUCAAUGUGCACCUGGAGACUUUGAAGAAGGUGCGUAUCUUCCAGGAUUGUGAGGCAGGCCUGCUAGUAGAGUUGGUAUUGAAGCUACGUCCCCAGGUCUUCUCUCCAGGAGAUUAUAUCUGUCGUAAAGGAGACAUCGGGAAGGAGAUGUACAUUAUUAAAGAUGGCCGCCUGGCGGUGGUGGGAGAUGAUGGAGCUACUCAGCUGGCCAUGCUCACCUCAGGAAGCUGCUUCGGGGAGAUCAGCAUCCUGAACAUCCGGGGCAGUAAGAUGGGCAACAGGAGAACAGCUAACAUCCGUAGCCUUGGUUACUCGGACCUGUUCUGCCUGUCUAAGAGAGAUCUGACCGAGGCGCUCAGCGACUUCCCUCAUGCUAGAACCCAGUUGGAGCAGAGGGGGCGGGACAUCCUCAGGAAGGAGGGGCUACUGGAUGAAGAGGGAGGAGUUAGCCUGGGAGUGGAGGAAAUGGAGGAGAAGGUGGAGAAGUUGGAGGCGUGUGUGGAUCAUCUCCAGACGCGGUUGGCACGGCUACAAAUGGAGUAUGCCACCGCGCAGCAACGCCUGAAGCAGCGAAUCACGGUUCUGGAACGCAGCGUCGGCACCGCGGUUACCGUCGGAAGCGGCUUCCUGUCUGACGCCGACGGCAACGAGAGUGGUGGUGACGACGGAGCACGCAGUGAGAUCAACAUCAGACUGUGACAACAAUGCUGUAUCGCCAUAGAGACAGCUGGACGAGCGCUUAUCUUAUUUACUCUCUGUUUUAUUUAGUUGUAUUUAUAUUGUGACAGAUUUUAUAUGUUGUUGUAGUUGUUGUUGAUUAUGUCUGUGAGCAGGGUGUCGCUGUGUAUAAGGAUGGAAUAACGCUGAGUCUACCUGUAAGCUACUGUAUGUUGAACAAUGUUGUUGUUUUUAAACGAUCUCUUGAAAAACAUGUUGAAAAAAUUAUUUCACCUUAAAUUCCUAUUACUGACAACCCAAAUAAUAACUUCCAAUAGUUUUUUUUUUUUACUUGAUGGUUAUUUUGGAAAUAACAGAGCUCUCUCUACCAGGAGGUUGAGAAGUCAAAAGAGCGUCAUACCAGCAAUGCUAUAUUAGAAUGUCAAUUUUCAUAGCAUUUUACUAAUUUAAACAAUAUUUUUUUUAAAAAGUGCUUUAGGUCUGCUUCAAUGGCUUCUAUAGGUAGUAUUGGGGAUUUAUUAUUCUCCUAAACUGAUGGGAUGACUAAUUUAGAAAGAAUGCAGUCUUGACUGGGCUAAUGU